CGUUUUCGUGCAUUCUCACAACACCGGAAGACACACGGUUCGAAAGGCUUAGCGAUACUCCGAACGGCUAACGUUUCAGGCAAUAUGGGCACUAUAAGUCGUGAACCAGUGCUAAAGCGAAUUUUCAUGGUUAUAUGCUUUGCAUUCCAAUACGUCUACAUUCUUCUGUUCCGUGAACUGCCGCUCCUUUUCUAUUCUGCACGAAAAUCUGUCACGAAUCAGAUUGUUGUUAUCACAGGAGGUGGUCGUGGUCUCGGAAAAGGCUUGGCAAAGCAGUUUGCCAUCAAAGAGCAUGCUAUUGUUUGUAUUCUGGACAUAAAUGAGAAUGAUGGACUGGAAUCGGUUUCUGAGAUAGUCGAUGAGGGUGGACAAGCAUAUUUCUUCAAAUGUGAUGUUUCGGACUCGGAAAGUGUUCGUGCAUGUGCUAAGAGCAUAUACUCGUCACCUGAAUUAGGUCAUGUGGACAUUCUGAUUUGCAAUGCAGCAGUCCUUCGAAUGGGAACUGUGCUCGAUCUGAGUGAUGCAGAUUUCAAGACAACCACAAACGUUAAUAUACUCGGCUAUAUUUAUGCAGUCAAGUCAUUUGUUGGGGAUAUGAUGAAUCGAAAUAGAGGACAAAUUGUCGCGAUCGGUUCAGUUUGUAGUCAUUACGGAGAGUAUUUGGGAUCUGCUUACUGUAUGUCGAAAUUCGCCGUUAGAGGAUUUAUGGAAUCUCUUCAUAUGGAGCUGAUUGAGAAAAACAAUAAUAUCACCACCACACAAAUUUAUCCGUAUUUUAUGGAUACACCGUUCAUUGCCGAAAAGCAAAUCACACCUUUCAGCACUUUCUACGAACUUCUACCACUUGAUCUAUGCGUGAAGAAGAUAACGGAUGCAAUUUUGAGAGAAGAGCUCUACUGCUAUAUUCCAUGGCACAUGCAGUUCUUGUGUGUUUUCUGUAAAUGCUUGGCCUCAAAGCACAUCAUACCAGCGGCACGACGCUUGUUCAAUUUCCGCUAUGCGCCGGGAGAGAAACAACUCAUGGAUGCAAAAUUAAAUUACGCCUGA